AACUUUUCUUUUAAUAAGUUCUUCUUUUUCUUUCUUCAGAUUUUCCCCAUUUAUGCUCUUUAACCAUUUGGAAAGGCAAGAUUCUCAACCAAGAUGUGUUCAAUUCCUGGUUUGCCAGAAGUCGGAUCCAAUACGACCAUUCAUAUCGCAAGAGUCACUUUAAACCCACACACUAUCUUAGUGGAAUUUGGAGGGAAUUUAAAUCAUGGACAAGAGGCCAUUGAUGUAUAUCAACAACUAAAAAAAGACAUUGACGCCCUUAGGAAACGGCAGCAAACUUUUGAAGGCAAACCUGGAGAAGUAUGUUUAGUAUAUGAAGACGGAGCUUGGCACAGAGCAAGGAUACUUUCAAAAUCUAAACAUGAAUACAAGGUGUUCCUAAUUGAUGAUGGUAAAUUACUCUGGGCCUCAAGCAAAGUCUUGACAAAAUGUCCACGCAACCUUUGCAGUCUACCUCCCAAAGUAGAGCUUUGUAUACUGGCCAGUGUAUCACCUCUAUGUCUUGAGAGUGCAUGGUCUCGGGCCGCUUCAGAGUACAUCAGAUCUUUGUGUGGGAAAAAGGUAUCUGGGUGUGUUCAGGAUGUGAUGAUGCCUUCCAGAAUUGUUCUCCUUGACAUUCCAAGUUUAUCCAAACAAAUGUAUGAACUUGGAUUUGCUAGAAAGAUGCCUAAUGAAGACUUUAAAAGCCUUGUAAUGCAUUCACUGGAUUUGCCAAUAAAUCCUUCCAUGCAGACAAACGUUGUGACUACAAAUGGUCAGCAGGAGCAUGCCAGUGACCCUGACAAGUUGCAUCAAUACUUGUAUCCAGAGUUGUUGCCUGGAACAAUUGAGAUUGUAACUGUAACACAAGUUGUUCAUCCAUUGAGGAUCUUUUGCAAACUGCAUGUCUUUUCACAUGAGCUCAAGAAAUUAAGUGAUCAGCUCCACGAAUACUAUGAAGAUGCAUUCUCUGCUCAGAUGCGAAUGCCGCUGUCUGAUGGGUCUCCAUGUGCAACCAAAGGAAGUGAUGGCAAUUGGUAUCGAUCUGUACUUCAGCAGAACAACAUCUCUGAUGUUGUCAAGGUCUUUCAUGUCGAUUAUGGAAUUGGAGAUUUUGUUAAACUCUGUAAUAUCAGACCCUUGUCUGCAAGGUUCUUCCAAUUGCCAGUUAUCACCUAUGAAUGCUCUUUAUAUGGUGUCAUUGACAAAGGAGUUGGAUGGAGGACUGAUCAGAUAGAUUAUCUGAAGUCUGUUGUACUCAAUCAAAUCCUUGUUGGAAAAUUCGAGCAUCACAGUGUGAAAGGGGAUGUCUAUCAUAUAACGCUUUAUGGAAAUGACAAUGUAAAUGUGAACAACACAUUUGGCCACAGAGAGCAGUGUUUGUCCGUGACGGAGAGAAUUUGUAGUGACCCAACUCUUGAGAAUCUAAACAAAGUGACUUGCAAAUAUAUGCAUGACAGAAAUGUGUCUUUACAUUCUCUCCAUUCACCCAUUUUAACCAGAUGCUCCAGUUCUCUUGAAAAUGUCUUGGUAGUGAGACCUUCCAAAUCUAAAGAAAACCUACAACCUGCAGAGGGAGGGCACUCACCAAAUAUUGGUGCAGCUCCACUCCUUCAGACUGAUACAUAUGUUGAUUCACCACCUAAAAUUGAAGUGGGUGCAAAGGCUAAGGUACAAAUAACAUGUGUCCAAAGUGUAAACCAGUUCUUUGGCCAUUUUGCAGAAAAUACUGAUACGGUCAGGAAAAUGACCAAAGAUAUUCAACAACUGUGCCGCAAGCGACCAGAAGCAAAGUUGUCAAUUUCCCCUAAGAUGAUGUGUCUUGCUAAAUACACAGAUGGGCUGUGGCACAGAGGACAAAUUGAAUCAAUGCAUCAAAAAAUACUUGUCCAAUUUGUAGACUAUGGUGACUUGGUCGUUUUGGAUAAAUCUGAUAUUCUACCAUUUCCCCCAAAUGCUAGUGCGCUUGCAUCUACUCCCAUUCAGGCUGUUCUGUUUGAACUUUUUAAUUUAACAUUACCUGAGCCAUGUGAGAUUAAUGAGUGGUUUAAAAACUACGCUACAGACUGCAUGUUCACUGUCAUCGUGAAACAAAAUACCUCUGGCAAACUAUCAGUGGAGAUGUAUGACGAGAAAACAAACCUCAACUUAAAAAUUAAAGAGCAGUCGAACAAUACCAAAAGAAACAUUGGCAAAGGAACUGAUAAGGCUCAUACUUUCAAGGAGACUUCAGAAAGAGUGGAGUCUAGAGGGGUAAGAAAUAAUUUAAGCACUCCAUCACAAGCACAUGAGAAAACUUCCACGAAACCAGUUGUUCAAGGUACAUUGAAACAAAACUUCCAGACUGUUACUAGUCAAACAAGUGGACACAGUAGAGCUAGGCCUAAUGGUUUACAGCAACAGGUGAUCCUUUGUUAUCCAAAGCUCACCGAUCUUCCCUCGAAAGCCUUGGAUGCAGGAUAUGUUUCAGACAUCUAUGUUUCACACUGUAAUAGUCCAUCGAGUUUUUUUGUACAAUUGACAAGUGAUGAAGAUGAAAUAUUUUCUAUUCUCGACAAUCUUAAUUCUGGUCAAUUAAGUGAUGCACAAGUUGAACUAAACUUGUUGCAGUCAGGUGACCUGGUGAGAGCUGAAUAUCCUGCUGAUGGGGCCUGGUAUCGUGCUGUUGUUCAAAACAAGAGAGAUGGCAUGGUUCAAGUGCAGUUUAUUGAUUUUGGGAAUGAGGCAACACUUCUGCCCCUUAAAAUAAGGCAACUUGGCAAGCAGUUCCUUAGCACCCCCAGGCUCAGUAUUUGUUGCACAGUUGAGGAUGGUAAGAAAAGAAAAAAAGGUGAUUGGACCCAGGAAGAUAUUUUGACUUUCAAAAAAUCAGCAGGUGAAAAUGGUGAGAAGAAAAUUCAAUGCAAGUUUAUCCAAGAGGACGUAUCUGCUUGGCUUGUCAGUUUAGAACACCAGGGUGUUGUAUUGGAAGGUCCUUUGUUUAAUACUGCUCUCAAAUCAGGUGUUCAAACUGAAUCGCAAAUGCGCUGCAAUGAAGAUACCCAGCCGUUAACGUUCAAGGAACCAGCUAUAACUCAAGGACAAAUAGUAGAAGCAUAUGCUUCAUCUAUUGAUGGACCAAAUUACUUCUGGUGCCAGUUCAAAAACUCAGAGGAACUUAACAAAGUCUCUCUACUUGCACAAGAAAUUGGAAACUGUAGUCAAACUAAACCAAUUCAGCCAAAUCAGUUACGCCAAGGAGGACUGUGCAUAGCAUUCUUUUCUGACCAGCAGUGGUACCGUGCACAGGUUAUCAAUACACAUGAUACAACGGUCUCUGUUCUUUUCAUAGAUUAUGGAAAUGAGUCUGAAAUUGAUCUGAACUUCGUUAAGUUCCUGCCCACCAAGCUCCUGGAAAGCCCACCACAAGCAUUUCUAUGUCAGUUAGAAGCUUUGGGGUCCGUAGAUGGCACUUGGAGUGACGCUGCAACUGAUAAAUUUUUUGAUCUUCUGGUGAAUGAACCUUUAAAAGUGACUAUUCAGAACACUGAAAGGUAUGAGGACAUUACAAAGUGUCCCCUGUACAGCGUUCUUGUUGAAUCCAAGGGGCUUAUUGUUAAUGAUCUUAUGAAAGAUUACUGGUGUGACCCCAAACCUCAAGUCUGUAGCAAAGUGAGAGAGUCCGCUAAAACAAAACCCUCUGCAGGUAAGAACAACUUUGGAGUAACAAGCUCUGAAACUGUUCAGAAAGGUAAAACUCUCAAGCUUAAUUCUAGUGCAAGACCAUCAAAUGAUCGUGCUGCAGCCAUGACCCGAGACCAAAGGAUUACAAACCCAACGUCUACUGAAGAAUCUGUGGUUCCUGAAUUAUCAGUGCGGUUUUUACCUCAAGUUGGAGAUCUUCCUCCCCGUGUGAUAGAACCAGGUACAGUGUCUGAAGUGUAUAUUUCACACAUCAACAGCCUGACAAGUUUUUUUGUGCAACUGGCAGUAGAUGAGAAUACAUUAUUCUCCCUUAGCGAACUAUUGAAUUCCCCUCAGCCAUCUGAGAAAGAAGAAAGGAAUGCAUUCAGUGUUCAGCAGGGAAGUUUGGUUAAAGCCAUGUUUUCUGUAGAUGGUUCCUGGUAUCGUGCCAUUGUGAAGGACACAACUGAAAAUGGCAAGAUUCAGGUAGAGUUCAUAGAUUUUGGAAAUGAGGCAACUGUAUCUCCCCUUGAAAUUCGUCAACUUGAUGAGCUGCUACUGUUGUACCCAAGGUUCAGCAUUCACUGCAGCUGUAGUGUAGAUGAUCGAUUCAAGACUCAGGGAAUAGAGGAAAUGAAGGAACAGAUAUUGCUCUUCAAAAAAAAUUUCGGUGAUGCUGGGGAGAAUACUCUCUCUUGCAAGUUUAUCAAAGAUGACGACAUUAAUUGGGAAGUUAAAAUGACUCCCAGCUCAUUGGGUUCGUUGAGUGAGAAAUGGGAUCAUUUUGAUUUGAAUGCAUUACUGGCAGUUUCCAAAACUGAGGAGGAGACAUUCCAGCUGCUCUUCAAGAAACCAGAUGUGUCUUUGGGACAGACGGUAGAAGCUUUUGCAUCAUGCAUUGUUGGACCAAAUUAUUUCUGGUGCCAGUUUUCAAACUCUGAAAUACUUGACCAAAUCACCCACGUUGCCCAAGAAUAUGGAAACUCUAGUGAGACGCAGCCAAUUCUGCUAGAUAGUUUGGAAACUGAAAACCCGUGCUUGGCUCGUUACUGCGACGAUCAGAUGUGGUAUCGUGCAAAGGUUCUUAAUAAGUGCAAAAACACUGUUUCUGUCCUAUUUGUUGAUUUCGGAAAUGAGUCGGAAAUCAGUGAAGGCUCUGUUAAAGCACUACCUUAUGACUUACUGCAAAGUCCAGCUCAAGCUUUUCUGUGUCAGUUAGAAGGAUUUGAUCUAUCAUCUGGAUCAUGCGACAGUGUAGCUACCGAUACAUUCUAUGAGCUUGUUGUGGAUAAACCUCUGAAAGUAACUGUGCAGUGCAUUGCUAAUAUGCUGGACCCUAACAGCCCUCCAUAUUAUGUUAAAGUUGAGUCUCCACAAUGUCUUGUAAAUGAGCACAUGACAAAGUUUUUGAGGAACUCUGCAGAGGUGAUUGAAUCCCAUGAAAAACCCACUGCAUUAACAUCUGUAGAUCAACCCGUUUCGGAGGAUAAAACAAGUGUGAACAUUUCAAUCACAAUAAAGGAAAAUCACACUGUGUCAACAUCUGUAGAUCAACCUGUUUCAGAGGAUAAAACGAGUGUGAACCUUGCAGUCUUAACAGAGGAAAAUCACACAAGUGAACCUCAUUGUGCUGAACAACAUGGAGGUAAUCGAAUCGAACUAUUAGUAAUAAAUGGUGAAUUGCAUGAUGUACCUGAAAACAAGGUGGAUGAUCAGCUUGGGGAUAUCAUUGAUAAUGAUUCUACAAGGACAAAUUCAGUUUUAGAAAUUCAAAAAGUUUGUCAUGAACCUGACGAUGGAGUUCCUGUUGGAUCAGCUGAGCCAAUGCUGCUGCAUACUGUGGAAAAUGGCAAAGAUAUGGAAGAUUCUGAAAAAGACGUCCCGAUGACACCAAGCAGAAGUUCAGAUUGGGUUGCUGGUUUAGAAAAUAAAAUGUUACCUAUGGUUUGCACUGAAGACUCAUGUGACUCUAAGUGCAUCUUCAAAUGAGUAACAUUUUUAACUAUUUAUUGUGGAAAGGUAUAAGCCAUUUUUUU